GAAUAGUGCAGUCUUUGUCCAAUCGCGAAAGUGCAGAUUGAGAUGAAGAAAUCGCUGUUGGUUUUAGCCGCCGUGCUUGUGACCCAGGCACAUGUCAUUCCUCGGUACAGAAGAAACACCAGCCAUGAAUACAAAAUGUGCGUCCCGGAGGAACUUCUCGAGCUCUGUCAACAAAUGGCGUCCCAAGAAACCAAGAGUACCACCCGAAUAGUCUGCAUUCCCGCCCGAGACCGUCUUGAAUGCCUCGAGAAGAUCCAGCAGCGGGUUGCCGAUUUUGGCUACGUCGACCCUGAGGACAUAUACAUAGCGGCGAAGACACCUGAGCAAGAUUUCGCGGUCUUCGAAGAAAUCCAUACGAAAGAGGAACCCGAAGCUGAAUUCCGAUAUGAAGGUGUCGCUGUGAUACACAAAGAUUUGAACAUCAACGGACUUGAGGGACUCAGGGGGUUGAAUUCGUGCCAUACCGGCGUGGCGAGGAUGGUCGGGUACAAGGUUCCGUUGACUAAACUGAGACAGAAGGGGAUCAUCGGUAAAUUGAACGAGCCGGGACUGAGUCCACGCGAAAACGAGCUGAAGGCUUUUUCGACGCUGUUUAACAAGGCUUGCCUUGUUGGGACGUGGUCGGAGGAUCCAAAAAUUAACCUCAAGUGGAAAAAGCAGUACUCUAACUUGUGCGCACUGUGCGAGCACCCUGACGUUUGCGAUUACCCUGACAACUUCUCAGGUUACGACGGUGCUCUGAGGUGUCUAGCCCACAACGGUGGUCAAGUCGCUUGGACUAAAGUCAUCUACGUCAGAAAAUUCUUUGGGCUUCCCGUUGGAACGACCCCCGCUCAACCUAGUAAUGAAAAUCCGGACAAUUUUGCCUAUUUGUGUCCCGAUGGUACUAGAGUACCCGUUAAGGGUACCCCUUGUCGAUGGGCAGCGCGGCCUUGGCAAGGUUACAUGGCAAACGCCGACGUGAUUAAAACCGUAGACGAACUUCGACGCAAAAUCGAGAAUUUGGACACCGUCGGUACUAAAAACCACGCUCCGUGGUUGGAAAAAGUACUCGAAAUAACCAACAAACACGUCCCUAAGCCAAACCAAGUCGUACCAGCUGGUGAUUACUUGGACAAAGGCAACUUCACCGACAUUAUCGAAAGAGACUGGGGCCCUCCAUUCAGAACAAUACGUUUCUGCGUCAUCUCGGACGAAGAACUCGAGAAGUGUGAGGCACUAUCAAGGUCCGCCUUUUCCCGAGGUCUCAGACCACGAUACGCAUGUCUGCAGCAAAAGACUGUCUACGAUUGCAUGAAAAAAAUCAAGAAUGGCAGAGCCGAUAUAAUCACUCUUGACGGUGGACUCGUAGACGUAGCACAAAGAGAGUACAACUUGGUACCGAUAGUUGGAGAACAGUACGGGAACCUUGGCGGGUCGUACUACGCGGUUGCUGUAGUGAAGAAGGGCUCCACUUUUAAUUCAUUCGCUGAUUUGAAGGGCGCGAAAUCUUGUCAUACCGGAAUAGGUCGUACCGCUGGAUACAACGCACCCUUGUACACCCUCAUCAAGAAAAAUUUGAUCGAUAAAUCCAACUGUCCUUACCCGAAAGCGCUGUCUGAGUUCUUCUCAGAGAGUUGCUUGCCGGGGGUGAAACACCCAAAACACGGAAUUGACAAAGCUAUUUAUGGAAAGCUUUGUAAACUAUGUGGUGGCGAUGUUGACAAACACGAUUUGUCGACGAAAUGCAACUUCGAUUCCAGCGAGUCCUACAGUGGUUACACGGGGGCUUUUAGGUGUUUAGUGCAAGGAGGUGGAGAUGUGGCUUUCGUCAAGCACGUCACCGUACCAGGAAAUACAGAUGGUAAGAACACUGAAAACUGGGCCGCUAAUCUGAAAUCAAAAGACUACGAACUGCUUUGUCCUAAUGGUGGAAGGAAACCCGUUGAUCAAUAUGAAAGUUGCCACCUGGCACAUGCUCCUCCCCAUAUGGUGGUCACAAGCCAUUCCAAGAAUGAAGGCGAAGUAGAUGAAAUUCGUAACUUAUUGGUUUCGACAAGUAGUCUGUAUACUAGUAGACCGGAACUUUUCAAACUCUUUGGUUCGUUCAAAGGCAAGAAGGAUUUGCUUUUUAAGGAUUCUGCCACCGCUUUGAUCUCGAUUACUGGAGAGAGUGAAAUUCAGAAAGAGUACUCGAAAGUAAUUGCGGUUGUAAAUGGCUGCCAUUGAAACUAUAUUGUAAUCAAUACAGUUGUGUAGUUGUCCAGGGGCGGCUUGUCCUAUGAGGCAGGUGAGGCAGUGCCUCACCAAUGAAUUUUACGUCUUAUUAGGAUUUUUAUUAUUUUAUACGGACACAUUUCGGCCAAUAAUUUGUGUCUUUUUUCUAAAAUUUUAAAAAUAAAUAUAGAAAAUGA